CAAACACAAUCCACUGAGAUUUUCACUGAAACACAACAAGCACCGUGUUUUCCACCAGGUGGAUUAUCAGCCAGGUGGACCGCUAGCUGCAGAGUAAAUGGAGCUUUUGAAGGAUUUUGCCUUCUCCUACUUCUCCAGUCCCAUCACGGUAAUGGGAGUUGGUAUCGUUCUGUUAGUCCUUUAUCUUUUCCCAGCUACUUCCACUUCUGCUGUGCUGGGGAAAGAGCCUCCAGGACCGAGGCCUCUGCCUCUGCUUGGCAACCUGUUGCAGCUUGAUCUCAAGAGACCUUACAAAACAUUAUGUGAGCUUUCUAAGAAACACGGGUCUGUAUUUACUGUGUACUUUGGACCCAAGAAGGUGGUGGUCCUGGCUGGUUACAAGACAGUCAAAGAGGCUCUGGUCAGCUAUGCAGAGGAGUUUGGAGAUCGAGACAUCUCACCUAUAUUCUAUGAUAUAAACAGAGGUCAUGGAAUUCUGUUUGCAAAUGGAGAUUCGUGGAAAGAGAUGCGUCGUUUUGCUCUUGCCACCCUCAGAGACUUUGGGAUGGGCAAAAGAGUUGCUGAAGAAAAAAUCUUAGAGGAAUGUGGCCAUUUGAUUCAAACGUUUGAAAAACACGACGGGAAACCAUUUGACACAACAUGUCCAAUAAAUUAUGCAGCAUCUAACAUCAUCUCCUCUAUUGUGUAUGGGAGCAGAUUUGAAUACAAUGAUCCCCGAUUCAGAAACCUUGUGAGUCGAGCCAAGGAGACAAUACACAUUACAGGUUCUGUAACAAUCCAGCUUUACAACAUGUUUCCUUGGUUGGUCAAAUGGAUAAAGAACCGACGGGUGAUUUUAAGAAAUGUUAAGAAGACUGUCAGAGAUGUGAAGGACUUAAUCCAGCAUCUGAAAGGGACACUGAACCCUCAGAUAUGCAGAGGACUUGUGGAUUGUUUUCUGAUACGGAAGCAGAAAGAGGAGGACUCUUGUGUUAUGAACACUAACUUCAAUGAGGACAACUUGGUAUUCACAGUGACCAACCUGUUUGCUGCUGGCACUGACACCACAGCUACUACACUGAGUUGGUGUCUGCUCUUGAUGGCCAGAUAUCCACAUAUUCAGGACCAGGUCCAGGAGGAGCUAGCCAGAGUAAUAGGAAGCCGUGAAGUGCGGGUAGAUGACCGUAAAAACCUGCCAUUCACUGAUGCUGUCAUCCAUGAGACACAGAGAAUGGCUAACAUUAUCCCCAUGUCUCUUCCUCACAAAACUAGUCGAGAUGUCAUCUUCCAGGGAUACUUUAUAAAAGAGGGUACAACUAUAUUUCCGCUUCUGUCUUCUGUACUGUAUGAUGAGAGUGAGUGGGAGAGUCCAUACACCUUUAACCCUUUUCAUUUCCUGGACAAAGAGGGUAAAUUUAUUAGGAGAGAUGCCUUCUUGCCCUUUUCUGCAGGUCGCAGGGUGUGUCUUGGAGAGAGUCUGGCUAAGAUGGAGCUCUUCCUCUUCUUCACCUCCCUUCUCCAACGCUUUCGUUUCACCCCUCCACCUGGAGUUUCAGUAGAAGAACUGAAUCUGACACCAGCAACAGGCUUUGUCCUCGCUCCUUCUCCACAUGAGCUGUGUGCUGUCAGUCUGCAAUGAGGAAGAGGAGCAAAGUGUGGCAUUAUUAUUGAUCAGUUUGAUCACUACUUCAUUCAUUGCAAUGCAUAAAAGUGGAAAGCGUGACAUUAAAAUAGAUACUGAUAAGGUUUGACUGAACAUACAGAAAUGUAAGUGUAGAUUUAGAAUGUGAUGUUCAAUAACAGAUUAAUACAAUCCAGAAUCAAGCUAAACAUAACUUUCUAACUUGUAUGUUGGACAUGCUAACUUUGCAUAGUCAGCUGAAAGCCACAUGGCUUCAUUACCCAAGUAUUUGUUACAAAGCCUGUUUUUGUCUUAGAAAUAAAGGAAGCAAACAAAAUUAUGUUGCACAAUUUAAAAAGCUGUGGAGCGAGUCUUUU